GGAUGAUAUUGAGAAUGACAGUGGAGGAGAGGAUUUGUCUGAAAAAAAUGAUGAAUUCAAUUCAGAAGCAGAUGAAGAUGAGGUGGUAGAUGUAGAAACAGGAAAACAGCCAGAUCAUUUCUUCAAUACUGGUAUUUACAAUCAGCGGAACAACAAGGGGAAACAGGAGAAAUCAAAUGAAGAGGUUAGAUCCUCGGAUAGUAGUAGUGAGGAGGCUCUGAGAAACUGUCAUGGGGUCAUUACGGUUCAUGAGUUUUUACCCCAUAAACAGUGUGAAUCCACAGAAGAUGAUUUAUCUAAUAUAAUGGAAUGGUAUCCCUUCAAUAUUAAUACAUCUGCCCAAGACAUUCAAAUAAAUGCUACAGGAUUCUACUACUUUAUCUUUAGCAAUGAAAAUGAGAUGACUGAUAACAUAGUUGUAGCAGACAUUGAGCUACAUAAAACAAGAUUUAAUACCUCUAGAAGCAUUGAUCGGUGUGAGGAUUCAACACAUUGUGAACUUCAUCUAGAGUUUUACAGUAAUCAACAUGUGCUUAUAGAGGUCCCUGAUAUAGUAGAGGGAGGAGCUGAAUGUGAAUCUCUAGGAUAUAAUAACUUCGCUCAAUGCAAUUAUGUUGUAAGGGCUGAAAGUAUUUGUCAUCCCAGAGGAACAGUUUAUAUGGUGUUUCUUCUACUUGUUCCAGUAAUAAUUCUUUUAUUUGCUUAUAUUUAAAUAUUAAAAUAUUUUUAACAUUU